CCGUGACAGUCUCUGCAUUCUCGCGAGAUUUCCAGGUACAUGGGAGCCCUGGCGACCCGGGCUUCUCUGAAACAUGGCGGUCUGCUCGGGCCGCACCAUAAGCAUGACUAUAUGAAGGAAGAAGAAGGUUUUCCUGAAGAUGAGGCGACUGAAUCGGAAAAAAACCUUAAAUUUGGUGAAAGAAUUGGAUGCCUUUCCAAAGGUUCCCGAAAGCUAUGUAGAGACCUCAGCCAGUGGGGGUACAGUUUCUCUGAUAGCGUUUACUACUAUGGCUUUGCUAACAAUAAUGGAAUUCUCAGUAUAUCAAGAUACAUGGAUGAAGUAUGAAUAUGAAGUAGACAAAGAUUUUUCUAGUAAAUUGAGAAUCAAUAUAGACAUUACUGUUGCCAUGAAGUGUCAGUAUGUUGGAGCAGAUGUAUUGGAUUUAGCAGAAACAAUGGUUGCUUCUGCAGAUGGUCUUAUUUAUGAACCAGUAAUAUUUGAACUUUCACCACAGCAAAAAGAAUGGCAGAGGAUGCUGCAGCUGAUUCAGAGUAGGCUACAAGAAGAGCAUUCUCUUCAGGAUGUAAUAUUCAAAAGUGCUUUUAAAAGUUCAUCCACCGCACUUCCACCCAGGGAAGAUGACUUGUCACAGUCUCCAGACGCAUGCAGAAUCCGUGGCCAUCUCAACGUUAAUAAAGUAGCAGGGAAUUUUCACAUAACUGUGGGCAAGGCAAUUCCACAUCCUCGAGGGCACGCACACUUGGCAGCACUGGUCAACCAUGACUCCUACAACUUUUCUCAUAGAAUAGAUCACCUGUCUUUUGGAGAGGUUGUUCCAGGAAUUAUUAAUCCUCUGGAUGGAACAGAAAAAAUUGCCAUAGAUCACAACCAGAUGUUCCAAUAUUUUAUUACAGUUGUGCCAACAAAACUCCAGACAUAUAAAAUUUCAGCAGAAACACAUCAGUUUUCUGUUACAGAAAGGGAGCGCAUCAUCAACCAUGCUGCAGGCAGCCAUGGAGUUUCUGGAAUCUUCAUGAAAUACGAUCUCAGCUCUCUCAUGGUGACUGUUACUGAGGAGCAUAUGCCAUUCUGGCAGUUUUUUGUAAGACUCUGCGGUAUUGUUGGAGGAAUCUUUUCAACAACAGGCAUGUUACAUGGAAUUGGAAAAUUUAUAGUCGAGAUAAUUUGCUGUCGUUUCAGACUUGGAUCCUAUAAAGCUGUCCAUUCAGUUCCCUUUGAGGAUGGCCACACAGACAACCACUUACCUCUUUUAGAAAAUAAUACACAUUAGCACCUCCUAAGGGGAAGGAGAAAAACUUUUUUUUUUUGCCUGAGACCUAAAAAUCUUUUUUUAAUAAUCAAAUAUUGUGCAAUAUAUUCAAAGAAAAGUACGAAUGAGAAACUGGGAACACACUUACUUUAAAAAAAAAAAAAGAGGAAAAAAAAGGAACAAAACAACCCCAAUGUGAAAUCCUAUUGAUAUUGUGUCUGUCACAAGUGUCCUAGAAGAGACAACACCACGAAUCAGUGACCGCGCCGGCCAGAUGCUGGCGUCAAGAUGAGCCUCUGCUUCUCUCACACCUGGGGACUAUGUCCAGGAAGAAAAACCACAGCUAAGGAAAAGGCCUCUAUAAGUGCAUAUGUCAGCUGCUUCUGUUUUUACAAACCUGAUGUGAGAAUAAAAGGUGUAAAACAUAAUGGA